AUGGGAUCGGUUGGAAUCAGAACUUUCAAAUCUGCCCCAAAAAAGAAAAGGGAAACUCCUAUCAGAUACCUUUUCUACAUGUUCAUCUUAUCCAGUGGUAUGCUUUACUUAGCUGGUAACAAAGUGGAUAAGAAAAAGCCAAAGACUUCCUUCAACAGUGACAGAGAACUCGACGAAUAUGAAGAAAUCACCGGUUUGAAGAGAAGACACAAGUUAUUCAACCACGAAAGUAACGUCCAAUACAAAUUCUACAUGAUCCCCUUUGCCAAUGAUAAUUCUGUGGAUAAAGUGACCUCCGAGAUUAAGAAGAGUGGUCAAGAUAGACAGCUCAAAGUUCUCGAUCCAAAGGAACUUAUCGAAAAAGAAAUUCAAGAUGACACUAGAAAGUUCUCGUAUCUUUUACAAGAUCUUGAAAGACAAGGGAGACCUUUACCAAAAGGGUUGAUCACAGCUUUGGUCAAACAGGAACUUCACUUUUUCUUGAACACCAGAGGCGGAAUUUUUGACACCGAUAUCAUAAUCAAAAACUAUCCACAAACAACAGAUGAGGCCAUAAGAUUUGAAAACGAUAUCAGUGAUGUAGCUAACUGUUAUGUCACCGACAUUCCAAGUGAAAUUGAUGAUAUCAAGACCAGGCAAAUCAAGAAUGUUUACGGGUAUUUCGAAACUGUAGACAAGACCGAACAACUUAAAUAA